UGACAAUAUGGCUAUUUCAUAACCUAGAAAUUCUGUAUUUUUUGCUACUCACCGUAUCAGUCAAUCAAUUUAUCAUGUUCUGUAGUUGAAGACUAAUUUAAUUUACCAUACCUACACAUUCAUAUUUUAUAGAAUGAGUGAAAGUAGUAUUCGUUUCCUUUUGUAUAUAUUCAUCACUUUUAAUUCAAUUCUUGGAAUUUCUUCUGUUGAAAAUAUUAUUGGCUGUAAUGGCUUCGUGAAAAGUGAAAUCGCUGUUGAUUACUCUCAGAUUGGAAUCAAACUGUACACGAAGCAAGGCAGUCUAAAAGAUCACACAGAAUGUGCACCGAAUAAUGGAUAUUACUUUUUACCUUUAUAUGAUAAAGGUGGAUACUUAUUGAAGAUUGAUCCACCAAAAGGCUGGACAUUUGAUCCAGUUGAAGUGCCUGUGAAUUUUGAUGGCGCUACAGAUCUAUGCAGUCUAGGAAAGGAUAUAAAUUUCCAUUUUAAAGGAUUCGCUGUGACUGGAAAGGUUACUAGUGCUGGCAGUACUGCGGGCCCGGCGGGAGUUACGCUUCAAUUGCUCGAUGAGUCGGGAAAGCCUAAACUUGAAGUAUCAACAGGGAAAGAUGGCAAUUUCAUAUUUACACCGGUGCUUCCAGGAAAUUAUAUCAUCAAAGCAUCUCAUUCCAAAUGGAUGCUCUCCAAAAAAGAAGUUGCAAUCUCAGUGAAGACAGGCAAUGCCGUUGUCCCAGCAAACAGUCUUGUUGUUACUGGCUAUGAGGUUUCUGGAUCUGUCACCAGUGACAAAGAACCCAUCACUGGAGUCACAUUCAUCGUUUUUGGAGACAAGAAACCUGAGAAACCACUGAUGGGAUGCGACCAAUCUCACGUAUCAGGAUUCAGCACUACUAGUCCAGAAUUGAAAAAUAAGUUGCUUAUUUGUCACGUGGUGUCUGAUGCGUCGGGACGGUUCUCUUUCCCGUGUCUGCCGUCGGGCAAAUACGUGGUCAUCCCGCAUUAUAAGGGAGCUCAGAAUAUCAAGUUCGAUGUCCAGCCUCCGCUGCUCGAAUUCGCUGUUGAACAUGACAGUGUGGCACUACCAACUCCUUUCCAGGUGAAAGGAUUCAGUGUAAGUGGCAGAGUAUUGUGGAGCAAAGAUGGCAGACCAAUGGCAAAAGCGAGUAUAUACAUAAAGAAUAAAUUGGUCGCCACAACGCAGACUGAUGGCACCUUCCAUCUUGAUAGCAUGAGAGCUGGCACUUAUCUUAUCUCAGUUAAAGCUGAUGAUGUACUAUUCAAGGAAACUGAAGUGAAAGUGACACCAAAAAGUCCGGUGCUCGAUGACAUAGUGCCCGACUCGUACAAAGUGUGCGGCAAAGUGAAGCCUUCCUCGCAGUCGACGCCGGUGCAGUCACGUGACGUCCAGCUAGUGGCGAAGGAGUCGGGUGCUGCGACUACUGUGAAGGUGCAGAGUGCAGCUGGCGACUUCUGCACGUUUGUUGCGCCGGGCGUCUACCACGCAUCUGUCCCUGUUACGGCUGACGAGAAGAGCAAGGGACUUCAGUUUGCACCAAUUCAGAGAGAGAUAGUUGUGAAAGAUAGUCCAGUGUCCGGCAUCGAAUUUUCUCAGCUCAGAGCCAUCAUCAGAGGCCAGGUGGUCUGCUUGUCUGAACAAACAUGUUCUGGAAUAACAGUAACUGUAGCUUCUCUAAACGGACAAGAUCAUUUCACCACCACAACAGCAGCAGGUGGAAAAUACAGACUGGACAACGUGCUACCAGGAGAGUACAAAGUGUCGUUGGACAGAGUCUCAGAUUGGUGUUGGGACCAGAGCUCUGCUCCUCUAUCAGUGAACUCCGCCAACACUGUUGGCCCAACAUUCACACAAACUGGCAUCAGCAUCACAUUCGUCUCCUCUCAUAAUACCAAGAUUCUUUACAAAUCGCUGAAAAAGAACAAGGGUCCUAAUGAAAAAGUACCGACUAGGGAAAUGGAAAUAUCGACAGGCAAAAGUAAAGUGUGUUUUCCCGAUGAAGGGGAGUACGAGAUUGAGAUGGCUGGCUGUCACCAGUACAUCGUGCCAAAGGUUCAUUGGAAGGGCGGCCCCGUUGUGCUGACUGCUAUCUCGCAUGCCUACACUGGCUACAUAAUCACACAGGAGCCCGUCUCUGACCUAGCUAUCACCUAUUCGACAGCUGACGAAGCACGUCAGACUCCCAAAAGAUUGGGACCGCUAGCAGGUGUGAAGAAAGAUACUUCGAAGUACUCGUACAACUUCAGUCUGCAGCUUGCAGAAGGCGAGAAAGUGACAGUGACGCCGACUGCCAAGUCGCUCCUAUUCUCCCCGCCAUCCUACAACAUUGUCGGAGGUGUGGACUGUGAGGAGAAUGGCAUCACAUUCGAUUCCGAAAAAGGUAAAAUCAUGAAAGGCAGAGUGCUGGGUGCCGCGAACACGCCCCUUCGUGGUGCAGCCGUCACCCUGGCUGAUCUCGAGGAUAAUGUCAUCUCAUCUUUAGAGAGUGGCUCUGAUGGAUCCUACAUGUUUGGACCGCUAAGCGCCGCUAAGAAAUACAAAUUGACUGCUUUGAAAGAGGGAUAUAUAAUUUCUGGUCCAUUGGAUAAUGGCGACUUCAGCGCUCACAAAAUGGCUGAAGUGAAUGUUGAAGUGAAGGAUCAAGCUGAUAACUCACCCCUGGAGUCUGUGUUGCUGUCGCUGUCCGGAGGCCAGAACUAUCGUCGCAACAGUGCCACGGGACCAGACGGCAAGAUGAACUUCAUGUCUCUGUCUUUGGGCCAGUACUACCUGCGGCCGAUGAUGAAGGAGUACAGGUUUGAUCCGCCCUCCAAGAUCAUCAACGUUGAGGAAGGAGCAACUGUCAAUAUUGUUCUCCAUGGUAAGCGAGUGGCGUACAGCGUGUUCGGCAGUGUGACGUCACUGAGCGGUGACGCAGAGGUGGGGGUGGUUGUAGAGGCGGUGGGGGUUGGGGGGCAGCACGAGGACUGCGCCCACCUGCAGGAGGAGAGCAUCAGCGAGAGCACCGGCCACUUCCGCAUCAGGGGUCUACAGCCUCAGACAAAUUUCAAGAGGACGAAAAACACUUCUACAAGCCAGCAGCCAUUUUUCUUGAGAGGCUUGCACAUUCCAAGUGACGUCCUAAACACGUCAUCAAUUGCCAACCUCACGAAUAAAAAAUACAAUUGCGACAAUUUAUCUUAUAAUAUUAGCACAAUAAUUAGGCUCUUAGAUGUUGUAUCAUCAAGUCUCGGCAAAGAGGACCCCUCUGAUUCAACCGGCUUUUGUGCAACCAGCACUUUGAAUUUGAAAUACCAAACAAUAAGAAUAACGCCCCUCAACCAUAUUGCAUUUUGUUUGCGUGUGCAGGUAGUGAACAAAGACGUGGACAGCGUGCGCCUGAUAGUGCUGAGGAAGCUGGCACAGACGGACGUGACUGUGCUGGUGGAGGCGGACACAGCCGAGCACCUUCGCAGCCUCAAGGCCAAGCUGUACCGCGACGAGGUGGUUGUGCACUCGAUGCGCCUCGCGCACCUCAAGGUGACGCCAACGUUCGCACUGACCUCGGUGGCACUCGCCUUGCCGCCGCUGCCCCCCGAUGGCCGCACCUACACGCUGCAGCUGGAGUCGUCCCUGUCCCAGGCCGCCUACACCUACUCCACGCAACCCGUCCGCUUCAAGGCCGACUCGUCCUUCCGCUCGGCCCGUCUCUCCUUCUUCCCGCAGCCGCGCACCCAUGACAGUGAGCUGUCCCACUCCUCCUACCUCCUGGUGCCUUUGCUUGCCGCGCUCACCCUCCUCUUCUACAACCGGAGCGCUGCUCUGCGAGUCCUCGAGCUGUUCAACUGGUGCGUGGCCAGCCUGGCCGCUGUGCGCGAGCAUAGUGCCCGAGCGCACCACACCCAGGAUGCGGGCCUCAGUGACUCCGACGCCGCUCUACUGGUCGAGCCAGUCGGCGGCAAGCGCAAAUCGAAACCGCGUAAAACGUAG